AUGAGCGACGCUCCCCAUAAUGGGCUGGAGUGGGACGAGGUGACAUACUUCUACUCGCCCCAAGCCAUCCCGCCUGCAUUCAACAAGUACACCAAGGUCAUUUCCAACUUACUGCAGAACAUCCCAAUCACGGAUGCUCUCCCUGGUGGUACCCCUGAGGCCAUCGCGUUGUGCCAAGACGCGAUGGAGACACUUGAGAAGGAAAGUGCUGUGUUAGACAUUCUUGUUUCGGAAAGUGACGAUCUGAUCAUUGUUGGUGACAUUCAUGGUCAAUUCGCAGACUUGCUACAUAAUGUGCUUUCGCUUCAGCUGGACAAGCGAAAAGAGGCACCGGAAUGCCGCAAGCAGUCGUGUAAUGAGUACAAAUUUUUAUUUUUGGGUGACUACGUGGACCGUGGUCCGCGCAGUGUCGAGGUGAUCACCUUGCUGCUGGCGUUGAAGAUUGAGUAUCCCCGUCAUGUCUUCCUGCUGCGUGGCAACCAUGAGGAGGCGCAGACCUCUCGCAUGUAUGGUUUCUUCCAGGAGUGCCGUGCAAAGCUGGAAGGGAACGGCGGGGGCGACAGCAGCCCCGCCAGCUCGAACAUGUCGAGUAGCGCGUGGCUGCAGUACAACAUGGUCUUCUGCUGGCUGCCCCUCGCAGCCGUUGUGCGCUGUCCCUCUGGUAUGUUCUUCUGCGCCCAUGGUGGCCUUAGCCCCUAUACGCGCACCAUCAUGGGUCUCAAGACGCUGCGUAGACACGAGUACGGGCAGUCACUAGACAGCGGCUCCUCCUUUUUCGCCCCGUCACCGACGAAUAAUAAUGACAACGAGUUGUCAUUCAACGAGGAGCGGAACAUCAUUGAUGGGCUGCUGUGGUCAGAUCCACACGACGAAGUGUAUGGCUGUCAGAUGAACUGUAGGGGAUGCGGCUUUGCGUUUGGUCCUGACGUCACAAAGGCCUUCCUUGACUGCAAUUACGGCUACACCUUCCAGAGGCCCCACCAGCAGCAGCAGCAGCAGCAGCAGCAGGAAGAGGGGGAGCGGAAACAUCCGGAAGAAAGUCGGAGUUGUGAGGAAAACGAGAUACUGCAGUUUCUGGUGCGGGCCCACCAGUGUGUGCAGGAGGGCUAUCAGUGGGCCCACAGUGGCCUCGUACUGACACUCUUUUCCGCUCCUAAUUAUUGUGGCAUCAACAACAAUAAGGGCGCCAUUGCAGUGUUGCGGGGCCAGGCGCAGGCCGGGAAGGAUCGCGUCUCAUUUGAAUACAAGGUAUACGACGCCAUCUCCACCUCGCCGAGUGGGUUGACAGAUAUCCCUCUCGUCCCUCAGUCGGAAUCACCUGGGGUGAGGGACUACUUCGCGGAUAUUGCAUAG